CUCUCCGCGGACAGAGCUCUCCGCGCGCCUGCCAGACCCCGAGUCCGGAGCUGCCGGGGGAGACCCGUACCAGCUGCCUCCAGGGGGGUGUUACCUGGGCACUAUAAGUUACCCCAGGUGGCUCCUGUUUGUAAAGUGUCCUGACGAGGAUUUCUGUGUUCUCUGAAAGAUCAAAUGAGUCAUCUGAAUAAGAACCCCACAAUUAGUCUACGCUCGGCAAAAGCCUUCGCUUUGUCCAAGUAAUAUUUCACCAUGACGGAAAGUACAGACUGCAGAUUCAGCAAUCUCACCUGGGAUCAGAUCACCAUUCUGGAUCAGGUGUUGACAGAAGUUAUUCCCAUCCAUGGGAGAGGAAACUUUCCCACCAUGGAGGUAAAGCCAAAGGAUAUUAUUUGCGCCGUGAAAGAGCAGCUUCUGGAGAAGAAUAUCACCGUACGUGACGUUCGCCUCAAUGGUUCCACUGCAAGUCACAUCCUCAUCAAGCAGAAUGGGACCGUCUGUAAAGACCUGGACAUCAUUUUUGGCGUGGAACUUCCUGGGGAACACGAGUUCCAGACUGUUAAGGAGAUUGUUCUCGAUUCCCUUCUAGAUUUCUUGCCCAAGUGUGUCAACAAGGAAAAAAUCACCGCUCAGACCAUGAAAGAGGCGUACGUGCAAAAAAUGGUCAAGGUUUCUACUGACCACGAUCGCUGGAGUUUAAUCUCUUUAUCAAACAACAGCGGGAAGAACGUAGAACUCAAGUUUGUCAACUCUCUCCGGAGGCAAUUCGAGUUUAGUGUAGAUUCUUUCCAGAUAAUACUCGACUCCAUGCUAAGUGUUUACACGGACCGAGAAACCGAAUUGACGCCUGAUUCGCAGCUUACAGUCGUCGCCGAGAGUAUGUAUGGGGAUUUUAACGAGGCAAUGGAGCAUUUAAAGUAUAAGUUAAUUGCGACUAGGAACCCAGAAGAGAUCCGGGGAGGAGGUCUCCUGAAAUACAGCAACCUACUGGUCCGCGAUUACAAGCCGGCUUGCGAAAAGGAAAUUAAGUCCUUAGAACGUUACAUGUGUUCCAGGUUCUUCAUCGACUUUCCCGACGUAGCAGAGCAACAGCGGAAAAUCGAGUCCUACCUGCGCAACCAUUUCGUGGGAGAAGAAAAAAGCAAAUACGAUUACUUGAUAACGUUGCACGAGGUCGUGAACGAGAGCACCGUCUGUCUCAUGGGUCACGAGAGACGACAAACUCUCAACAUGAUCGCCGUCCUCGCUCUGAAAGUUCUCGGCGAACAGAACAUCAUUCCCAACGCGGCAAAUGUCACGUGCUACUACCAACCGGCCCCUUAUAUCAGUGACACAAACUUCAGUAAUUAUUACACGGCUCAAGGACAGCCUUCCAUAUUCUACCAACCUUACCAACUUUAUGUCCAUGCCGAGUGGGCCGGUGUCGUGGUACAUAAGCUAGCGCCAUUGAAAUAAAGGUUUUUCGCUAAAAGCAAAUGGAAGUUCCUAUUAUCAAAGACUAUUUUGUUGUACAAAAUUACACUUUAAGUAAAUACUUAAGUAUUCGUUAAACCAUCCCCCUUUCCAAACCCCCAUUCACCCUUUAUUUUCCUGUUGGAAUGACAUUAAGAGUAAGUCACCUGGGGUGUCGAUGAUGUUAAGUUUCCAAAAGUUUUUUUUUUUUUUAUAUUACACAUAAAUAAUAUAUUCAGUAUUUCUUAUCUUUGUUCUAAAAUCUGAUAUAAAUCUUAAUUCGGAAGAGUUGUAAGAAUUUUGUGUUGCAAAAUUAUCUAUUAUUACUUAUUGUCAACUGCUGACAUCCGGGAGCCAUUGGGGGGGGGGCGAGAGGCCAUCGUUAUGGACUCUAAAUUCUAUUCUCCUACAUGUCUUCCCCUAGACGAUUCAAAAAUGUAACUGGGGUGCCCCCUAAACCCUACCACUGUCAUUCCAGUAGAAUAAUAAGGUGAUUUGGAUGGGGGCAUCUAGAAAGAGGCGUACUGUCCCUUUUAGUAAACUGCCUUGUUGCACUAUUAACCGUGUCAGACCCAUCACUACGGUCCAUCAGAUAUCAAUUUUUUUUAGUAUACUUUUGCUUAUUAUUUUUCUGUCCACAUCAUGUUGUUUAAAUAUAUCCGAUUAUUCUGAAAUACUGUGAUUUAGGAGCAGACUCCGCUUGAACAGAAAUAUAUAAAUAUAUUUUCCUUUAUGUACUUCGUGCCAAACGACAGAAUGUGCCAUCAAAGAUUUUAUGACUCCCGAGAGGGUUACUUGUUUCUAGAAACUGAUAUUGUUGUUUACACUGAUAUUUAUCUUUCUAUAUGUUAUGGCCAAAGUCAGAAAUAAAGUGGGCAUGUUCAGUUUAUCACACUUUCAUAAAUAAAUAUAUUUUUCUUAAUAAAA